AUGGGUUGCGGCUCCUCCUUUCCGGAUAGGGAUUCAAGGCAGUUCGGUCGACCCAAUACCGAGAAUGGUGGAGGGCAGGAUGCCAGGAAUCUAAGGGUCAAGCUUGUUCUCUUAGGUGAUUCUGGUGUUGGUAAAAGCUGUAUUGUUCUACGAUUUGUUCGUGGUCAGUUUGAUGCAACAUCCAAAGUAACUGUGGGAGCUUCUUUUUUGUCGCAAACAAUAGCUCUGCAAGACUCUACAACAGUCAAAUUUGAAAUAUGGGAUACUGCUGGUCAAGAGAGGUACGCUGCAUUAGCACCUCUCUAUUACCGUGGUGCAGCAGUUGCAGUUAUUGUCUAUGAUAUAACAAGCCCAGAAUCUUUUAGCAAAGCACAGUACUGGGUUAAGGAGCUACAAAAACAUGGAAGCCCUGAUAUAGUGAUGGCUCUGGUCGGUAAUAAAGCUGAUCUUCAGGAGAAGAGGGAAGUUGCUGUCCAGGAUGGCACUGACUAUGCUGAGAAGAAUGGUAUGUUUUUCAUAGAGACAUCUGCAAAGACAGCAGAUAAUAUAAAUGAACUGUUUGAGGACAUUGUUGACUAUGCUACUAGCAAGCUUCACCAUGAUGUCCUUGCUGCCUGA